UAUGAGCGGUUAUUGUCUUACAGUAAUAUUCGGUUAUAUUUAUAUGGAGAAUAAAGUUUUGGGAUUUGCAUUCGCACCCAAUGAAAAAGAAUCGCUUGGUAUGGACAAAGGUUUCUGUUCUUCUCGAACGAAGAGGAGAAUAUCUGGAGCCCCAACAGAUAAAUGCGUAUUUAAUGUUGUCUUUCUAACAAUGACUGCUGGUAUAAAUGGAAAGGGAGAGAGGUUUACAGAUAAAUUAGCGAAUCAUUUCCAAACGGAUGUUGUAUUCGCCCACGAAGCGUUACAUGCUCUGGGAACAAAACACGUUCUAAAGGAAACACACUUUUCGAUUAUAAAUCUUAUUUUGUAUUCUAUACAAUAA